GCCACAAUGAAGAUGUUCGCAGCGUCAUCUUUGAAGAACAUUCAGUUUGAAUUAACUCUGUUUCAAAUGUGAUAAAACCACAGACAAGAACAUGGUACAGAAAUUUCGUAAAGUUGUAAAUCUAUUUUAUACCUUGUCUAUGUUUGAGUGUAUAAGAAUGGAUUGGUAUAGCUGGUAACGCAAGCAGAUCUUGAUUCAAUCAUAUUCGGUCAAGUGGUGAAAAAAACAGAAGGGAAAGUGAGAGGUUCGCAUGUGUUAUUCAACUUUAGAAUAGGUGUCAAACGUAAUUUUGAUUUCGGGAGUACACGUCUGUAAAGAGAAAGCUACUGUCUGUAAAAUGCAAUAUGGAGUCAUUUUUCGAAUUGUUUGAUCCAGAUAAUGAUAAGAAUACUCGGAAAAAUAUUUGGAAUAACUCAGAAAAUGAAAUAAAUCGAAUAUCAGAUUGUGAAAAUUUAAGUAGCGAUGAUGAGCAAGAGGAAAGGCUACCACCAGAACCUGAACAGGGUAAUAUUGAAUAUAAAUUAAAACUGAUAAAUCCAUCUAGUCAACGAUUUGAACAUCUUGUAACACAAAUGAAAUGGCGUCUUAGAGAAGGUCAUGGAGAAGCUAUAUAUCAAAUUGGUGUAGAAGAUAAUGGAAAAUUAACAGGUUUAACAAAAGAAGAUAUGAAGGCAUCAUUGAAAACUUUAAAUGAUAUGGCAGCUAGAUUAGGUGCAACAACACAUAUACUACGUCAAAGAUUUGCCAAUUCUAAAAAUAAAAAUAUGUCCACAUGCAGUAACAACAAAGAUGAAAGACAAGUAGCAGAAGUUUUAGUAAAAAAAUUAAGAAAAGGAGAUAGGGAAGAUCAAGAUAGUAUUGUUGACUUGAGACUUGCUGUCACUGGUGCACAGGAUGCUGGAAAAUCAACUCUCUUAGGUGUAUUAACUCAGGGUGAAUUAGAUAAUGGUAGAGGGAGAGCAAGGCUAAAUAUGCUGCGUCACCUUCAUGAAAUAAAAACAGGCCGUACAUCAUCGAUAUCGCAUGAAAUUAUAGGAUUUGACAAUGAAGGACAUGUUUUAAAUUAUGCAGAAAUGGCAACAGCAGAAGAAAUAUGCGAGCAUGCGUCAAAAGUUGUUACAUUUAUAGAUUUAGCUGGUCAUCGCAAAUAUUUAAGAACAACAGUACUCGGUCUUACAGGAUAUUCACCUCAUCACGUAAUGUUAGUUGUAGCACCUCCUAUGAAUGAAGCAUCACAAGAACAUAUGGCAUUAUGUCUUACAUUGAGACUUCCAUUUUUUAUAGUUGUAAACAAAAUUGAUCUUGGUUUUUGUAGUACACCCGAAACGAUAAAUCAGUUAGAGAAUGCUAUUAACGCACAAGGAUAUUCAAAGCAAUUAAUAAUGUAUAAUAAUAGUCAAAUGUCGUGGGAUUUUGAAUCAGAUAUAAUACCUGUGUUUAAUGUAAGUUGUGUUACUGGAGAAGGUUUGGAAGAUUUAACAAAUUUCAUAAAAAAUUUGUCACCAUAUAAUGUAAAUUCUGCAGAUUCAGAUUCUGAAUCAUGUUUAUUUCAAAUUGAUGAAACUUUCAGAGUAGCAGGUUUGAAUGAACCUGUUUUGGGAGGAUUACUCGUAAAAGGAGCAAUUGCUCUUGGAACUCGAUUGUUAGUGGGUCCUUUACCAGAUGGCGAAUUCAGUCCCGUUAAGGUUGUUAGUUUACAUCGCAAUAAAGCUCCAUGUUGUCUAGUAAGAGCAUCGCAAAGUGCUAGCUUAACAUUAGCACCGUCGACAAAUCGAAGUCCCCCUUUACCUCAUCUACGACCUGGAAUGGUUUUGAUAUCAGUAUGGGAUCAGCCUCAUGCGACACUUUUUUUUCAGGCAACUGUGUUAAUAGUAUAUCAUGCGACUGCAAUAUUUUCUGGUUUUCAAACAACUGUCCAUGUAGGAAAUGUAAGACAAACAUGUAUUAUAAAAGGAAUAAUGGACGCGAAGGACAGAGGUUUACAGACAAACGAUACAGCGUCUGUGCUAUUUAGGUUUGUUAACCAUCCAGAAUAUUUGCAUGUCGGUAUGCGAUUACUACUACGAGAAGGUCGUACUAAGGGAAUUGGCAAAAUAACACAAAUAUUUCCACUAAUAAGUCAACAGAACAGUAUGCAGUAAAUUAAAUAAAAUUUUAUUUAUAAAAAAGUAUUAGAAUGUGCAAAACGUUUACGAAGAUAUAAAGAAACUUAAUUACUUGAAUAACUACUAGAUGUUAUUACAUCAUGCGCCUAGCAUAAGUAUCAUAAAUUAUACAUAUUUGUUAUAAAACAAAUAAGGGAAAUUCUUUUUGUUUUCGAAUUUAAUCUUUUAAAGUAGAGAUAUUUUUUUAUAUAAGAAAGAUAUUUUUAACAAUUUUUUGUAAAUUCUUUUCUGUUUAAAAAGAUUGUAUAUUAUCAAAAAUAGAAUAACAAAUGAAGCAGCAAACACGAUCAAAUCACAAUUAUUUGUUUAUAACUUAAAUACUUUUGCUUUAGGUGCAUUAGUUUUGUUGUGAAGAAAAGAAAUCUUAAUCUUAUAAAAUUUCUACUAUUAUUUUAUUAUUGUGAUUAUAAUCAUAUCUUCGUUUCAUUAUUAUGGAAUUUAUUUAUGGAUUGAUUAUUUAUGAAAUAAUUUAUUUCGUCAUGAAAUAACACGAAAUGAAAGAUCAUUUUAACUAUUUAAUGUCAUCUUUUUGCGUGUGACGCUCAAAUUUAAAAAUUUUUCACGAGAGCAAUCAUUAUAAUAAUGUAAUGUUUCUCUAUAAAAUUUGAUCUUGACUACGAAUCUAUUUGUUCUGCUAGUAUUUAAAAAAAUAAGGAAUUAAAGAUAUUUAUAGUUGAUUAAAUGCAAAAUAAAUAUUUUUGCGAUCGAUUACUGUCAUGAAAUGAUAAAUAUCGUUUUUCAUUCAUAAAAUUUUAAAGAAAUUUAUAUACUAUAAAUUGUACUUGUAUAAAUCUGUCAAACAAAUUAAAAGUGAUUAUAUUUACGUAUAUUUUGAAAUUAAAAAAAAAUUACAAAUGAUAAAAUUUGUAAAAUUACUUGAAAAUAUUACAUAUCUUAUAAAAUAUAUUAAAAUAUGUUAUAAAUUACGGUAUAACCGUCCAAAAAAAGAUUUUGAUUUUUUUUUUGAUUUAUGUUAAAUUUUAAAUAUGAUCUUGUAUUAUAUUGUAAAAUAUUUUAAAUAAAACAAAAAAAUGUACACAUCUGUAUAGAGUGGAUUUUUUUAUAUCGCAGAAAGAAAAAUUUUCGUUAAAAAAAAUAUAUAUUCGUUGUCGAAAGAAAAAAUAGAUUAAAAAAAUGACUUGAAAUCACUUAAGAUAUAUUCCAAAAUAUUUUCAUUGUUGUUUAUACAUCAAUUAAUUUUUAUAAUUAAAAAAAAUAUAUUUAUUUAUUGUGAUUAUAUGAAAUCUUAAAUAAAUAAGGCAAUAUAUAAAAAUACAAUCCAAUUUAAUAUUAAAUUGCACUUAAAAAUAAAAUAAAAUAUCAUGUUAAAUUCUGAAAAAAUACUGUUCUAAUAGGAAAUGUAGAUUUAUCAUCUAUAAAAGCUAGAAUACAAGAAGAACUAUAUAAAUAAAUCAUGUGUAAAUAUUUGUAGCUUCUCAUCGCAUUCAAAUAAAAGAGUUCUUCAAACAAGCUGAUUUCUUAUGAUUUUUGUACAAAAUACAAUUAAAUCAUUUAAAAAUGAUAAUCACCCGCAUGACUAGCAGUAAAAGAAACGCCAGAAAAAGAAA